UUUGCAGAGAUAUUUAGAAUAACGGAUUUAUGUUGACGCGGCCUUCCGAACCAAUCCAAUGGUCAAGCAGCCCUACUCAAAAUACAAAAUUUCCACGUGUCAAAAUCACAUCGGAGAGAGGCACCACAUUAGCACGCGACAUGGUGUAUUCGACACAAACAAAAGUCGACCAUCUUUGAACAAUUUAUUUUUCAGAGUCGGAACGAACACCAAAACAGAAAGUGCAGAACAAGUCUCUCUGUAUCUCAAUCUUAUUAUCGAGCCUGGGGCUUAGUAGACUUACUUGGGUUUUGAUUCUGACUGAUCACAGAGUUCAUCGCAGCCGAAAGCACAACACAAACUGUUAUGUUAGAGUUGGGGGAUAUCAAGAGUUUAUGUUUGCAGCAAUGGAAGGCGAGAUUAUCGAGUGGGAUCAAGGAUGGGACUAUAUCCGUAACUCGAUCAAGAAGCUGAAGAGGAUUGCAGAAGGAUUAAGGGAGCCUUCAUUGAGUGGAGGAGAGUAUAUGAAGCUUUAUGCAACUAUCAAUGACAUGUGUACUCAAAACAGCCCUCACAAUUAUUCUCAACAGCUUUAUGAAAAAUAUAGGGAGACAUUUGAGGAAUACAUUUCUUGGACAGUAUUGCCCUGUAUAAGAGAGAAGCGUGAUGAGUGUAGAAUGUUGUGGGAGCUUCUGAAAAGAUGGAGUACGCAUAAAGUUAUGGAUAGGAGGAUGUACCGGUUUUUUAGUUGUGUUGAUAGGUGGUACAAACCUCCAUGCUCACUUCCUCGGCUAAAUGAAGUUGCGCGUGUCUGCUUCCAGGAUUUGGUUUAUAGAGAAGAUGCUAGUGUGAGGAAUGCUGUAUUUAGUCUAAUUCGUAGAGUACGAGAAGGAGAGGAAAUUGACAAAGCACUGUUAAAGAAUGUAGUUGAUAUAUUGGUUGAAAUUGGAAUGGGAAAAAUGGAUGCUUAUGAAGAGGAUCUUGAAGCACACAUACUAACAGAUACAGGUGAAUACUAUUUGUGUAGAGGAUCACGUUGGAUUUUGGAGGAUUCCUAUACAGAGUACAUAAUGAAGGUUGAGGAAUGUUUGAAAAGGGAGAGGGAUAGAGUUUCUCAAUACCUGCAUUCAAGCAGUAAGCAGAAGCUGGUGGAGAAAGUGCAGCAUGAAUUGUUCGGAGCUCUUGAGAAUCUAUUAGUUAAACAACAACUUACUGCUGAACUUACAAGCUUGCUUCAACAGGUUGAAGAUGCUGCAAGAAACCUGGCUUCUUCUGAGGGAGCUGGUAUGCCAGAACAGCUCCUUGUCAGGAAAUUAAUCAAGCUGCACGAGAAGUAUAUGGUAUAUGUCAAUGGUUGCUCUAAAAAUUACCACCACUUUCACAUGGCUCUGAGUGAGGAUUUGGAGGUAGUUUUGAAUGAGGCUAUUUCUGGAGGUCUAGCUUGGCUUAGAGAAGGUCAGGUAAAUGAUAUUUUGGGAACAGAUAGACUUGACCAGAAAGUACCUCAAGGCUUUGAAGCUGUUGCUAAUCUAUUUAAAGAGCAUGAUACUGCUGAAGUUACAACCUUGGUCCAACAGGCUGAAAAAGCUGCAAGUAACCGGGCUUCAAAUGAAACUGGCAUGCAGGAACAGCUCUUUAUCAGAUAUAUAAUCAAGUUGCAUGAUAAGUAUUUGGCAUAUAUCAAUGAUUGCUCUAGAAAUCACUUUCUAUUCUGCAAGGCUCUGAAUGAGGCUUUCGAGGUCUUCUGCAAUAAAGCUGUUUCUGGGAGUUCAGUUGCUGAAUUAAUUGUUGCAUUCUGUGAUAAUAUCCUCCAAAAGGGUGGGAGCGAAAAUUUGAGUGGUGAUCAGGGCAUAGAAGAAAUGCUUGAGAAGGUUGUUAGAAUCUUGCUUCCUUAUAUCAGUGACAAAGACCUUUUUGUAGCAUUCUACAGGAAAAGACUUGCUCAUCGGUUAUUGUUUGAUCGGAGUGCCAAUAUGAACCAUGAAAUGAGUUUUCUAUCAAUGCUGAAACAGGAAUGGGGUGGACAUUUCACAUCAAAGAUGGAGGGAAUGGUCACAGAUUUGACAUUGGCUCAGGAAAAUAAGAAGAGCUUUGAGGAAUAUCUUUGCAGUAACCCAAAUCUAAAUCAUGGGAUGGACUUGACAGUCACUGUUCUUAAGACUGGUUUCUGGACAAGUUUUAAGUCAUUUGAUCUUAACCUGCCUACAGAGAUGGUGAAGUGUAUUGAAGCUUUCAAAGGAUUUUAUGAAACAAGGACUAAAUACAGAAGACUCACAUGGAUUUAUUCAUUGGGCACUUGCUAUGUUAAUGGUCAAUUUAAGCCAAAGGAUAUUGAAUUGCUUGUGUCAACAUAUCAGGCUGCUCUCCUGUUACUCUUCAAUAAUGCAGAGAGAUUGAGUUAUUCAGAAAUAUUAACUCAGUUAAACCUUCCCCAGGACGACUUGGUUAGAAUACUUCACUCUAUGUCCUGUGCUAAUUACAAGAUCCUUGUUAAGGAGCCAAAUACAACGACUAUUUCACCAAAUGACAGCUUUGCGUUCAACUCUAACUUCACAGACAAAAGGAGAAGAAUUAAGAUUCCUCUCCCACCAGUAAAUGAUGCAAGGAAGGAAGUAAUCGGUGAUGUUGAUAAGGACAGACGAUAUGCUACUGAUGCUGCAAUCGUGCGGAUUAUGAAGACUCAGAAAGUUUUGGGGUAUCAACAAUUAGUUAUGGAGUGUGUUGAGCAGUUAAGACACAUGUUCAAGCCUGACAUCAAAGCAAUUAAGAAACGCAUCGAAGAUCUUAUCACUCGCGAUUACCUGAAGAGGGAGGAGGAAAACAAGAACAUAUUUAGAUAUGUUGCAUGAGACAAAUACUGCUGGGAGUCUUCAUAUAAUUUUGGUUAUACUGCAAUGACAAGAGGAUGAUUAUUGCUUCUUUAGAUUCUGAAUUGCCUAUCAUACUCUGCAGUUUUUAGAAAUUUCUAGGAUUUCGGAAGGAGAGUGGAGAAAGUUUUUUCAAUUUACCUAGGAAAUGAUGUGAAUAGAUGUAAAUAUUAUUCUCUUACAUUUGCUUCCAUGGUGUUGUUAUAAACAUUUUCUUGCUGCCUAGCUAAUUAGAGUGAAUAGGACUUUGAUUAGCUAUAUACCAAAGAACUGAAGAAAACUUUUCUUCUGGUGUGUUAUAUAACUGUCAAGUAGUUAAGUGGGAUUUCCUUGUCCA